AUGAUUAUCGGUUCUCUCAACAUCAGAGGGGGGAAUUCUGCAAAGAGAAGAAGGAUCAACCGAUUAAUUGUCAAAGGUAAAGUUGAUGUCAUUUUUAUUCAAGAAUCUAAGCUUUGUGAUGUGUCUGUUUGUACUGCUAGAAGUUUUUGGAAGAACAUAGAUGUGGAUUUUUCUUUUUUGCCAUCAGUGGGUCUCUCGGGGGGGAUUAUUACUCUGUGGAAUUCUGCUUUUGUUCAAGUCCUGAAUUCUUUUGGAGGGAUGGGGUAUUUGGGAAUUAAAGUUAUUUGGAAGGGUGAAAUCCAUUAUUUAGUGAAUGUAUAUUCACCUUGUUCUAUCGCUGAGAAGAGGAUUUUAUGGAGUAAGUUAUUACAUCUGAAAACUGUUUUUUCCGAUAGUGAAUGGGUCAUAGCAGGUGAUUUUAACGCGGUGAAGAACGGGAGUGAGAGGAAGGGUUUAUCGGUCGUGGCUAGAAGCAGAGAAUGGAGGGAUUUUUCGGAUUUUAUUAAUUUGAGCAAUUUGAUCGAUGUUCCGAGCAAAGGUAAAAAAUUCUCUUGGUUCGGUGGGGAUGGUAAAGCUAUAAGUAGAAUAGAUAGAUUCUUGGUGUCGGACAAUCUUGUGAAUAAAUGGAGGAUUGUGGGCCAAUUGGUGGGAGAUAGAGACAUUUCCGACCAUUGUCCGGUUUGGCUUCUUAUUGAUAAGGCGAUUUGGGGUCCCAAACCUUCUAUGGUUAAUUCGGAAUGGUUCUCUAAUUGUGAUUUCUUACCUUUUGUGGAGAAGGCGUGGAGGUCGAUCUCGGUGGUAGGGAGAUGCAAUUUCGUGUUAAAAGAAAAAUUGAGGAUCUUGAAAGAAAGACUAAGAUGGUGGAAUAUUAACAUUUUCGGAAAGUUUAAUUCGGCGAUAGAAGAAGGUGUUAAGGGUAUAAUGUAG